AUGAUGAAUACCAUACUAACAAAGUGGCAGGAUGUCGUCGUCGUGAGCUCGAACCCCGACGGCACACCCCGGCACUUCAAGCACCCAGCCCUGCAGUCUGCUCUGAUGUUCUGUGGCGAGCUCGCUUGCCUACUCAUCUUCACUCUCAGCACAAGGACCCGACGCUCGGCCGCAUCUGUCUACGGCACCCCGGCCGGACUCGGCACGCUCUCGACCAGUUCUUCCUUCCUCGACAACGCCGCUGCGCCCCUCCUGACCGCGCAUUCCACCGACACCGAGCAGCAGCGCCCGCAAGUCGACCCCCGCCUCGUCGCUGACGCUGCUACAGAAUCCGGACGCGCCGGCAUCGCCAAGUACGGCUUCGCGCUGCCUGCGGCGUGCGACAUGCUCGCGACCACCCUCCUCAACGUCGGCCUCUUCUUCACCUACGCCUCCGUCUUCCAGAUGCUCCGCGGCACCCUCGUCGUCUUUGCCGGGAUGUACACAGUCGUGUUCCUCAAGCGACGCCUCUCCAUGCACCACUGGCUAGCUUCUGUGCUGAUUUGCACCGGCUGCGUCGUCGUUGGCCUGGCGAGCGCCUCCGCGGCAAACGCAGCGCCCCCGCCGGACCCGAUCCCACCGGGACCUGACCCUUCCCCCCCAGCACCAGGGCCGGACCCUGCUCCGUCUGACAGCGCAACGAAUCCGAUGCUCGGGAACACGUUGAUUGUGCUCGCACAGGCCGUGCAGGGCUUCCAAAUCAUCGUCGAAGAGCGACUGCUGGCCGAAUCGGGUCUGUCGCCAGUGAAGGCGGUGGGGCUGGAGGGCGCGUGGGGACUCGCGAUGUGCGCGGUCGUCAUGAGCGCCGUCAAGGUGCUGAGCCUGUUCACGGGCGUGCAAUUCGACGACGUCGUCGAGGGCAUGCGGCAGCUCGCGAGCAACGGACAGCUCGCGAUCGCGGCGAUCCUCAGCGUUGCGUGCAUCGCCACGUUCAACGUGUGCGGAAUCCUCAUCACGAAGCACGUGUCGGGUGCAGCUCGGUCGACCGUCGACGCGUCGCGUACGAUCGCAGUUUGGGGCGUGUCGCUCGCGCUGGGAUGGGAGCGCUUCCUGCCCAUGCAGGUCGUCGGGUUCGUGAUGCUGUUGGUCGGCACGCUCUGGUUCAACGGCGUCAUAGUGAUCGUUCUCGGCCCAUCGUGGUCGCCAAAGGAGGGGCCAGCGCGCCGCCACACUCCAUGCGCCCCGCAGGAUGUUGUACUGUCGCCAGACGACCUCGCUGCUGCGGCCGCGGGGUCUUUGACGCGCUCAGCGUCAGGAGAGGUGGUGCUGAUGCCGCGACCACGCAGUCGCACUCGCAUGGGGGGGCAGGCAGGGCUGGCAGAGACGGCCUGGGGGAUCAUCGCUGUCGACAUGGACCAUGCGAGGGAGCACAAUGACGGGCCACCGAUCCCUGCAGCGGCGCGCCGGCGUGGUCGUCCUGGAUGA